AUGCUGACCUUAUCCAUUCUUGGUCUCAUUGCGGCGGUUGUAAUUGCUGAACACGGAGAUCCACUUAGUGAUAAGGAUCAUCUUGGAAAAGGUGAACAUGACAAAAAAUAUGACCACGAUGCUUUUUUGGGUAAAGAUACAGCUGCAGAAUACGAUGAUUUAACACCUGAAAAGAGUAAAGAACGACUAGCCAAACUGGUACCGAAAAUGGACAGCAAUAACGACGGUUUUGUUGAAGAGGGUGAAUUAAAAGACCAUAUUAACUUUAUGCAAAAACGCUACGUAAACAAUGAUGUCGAACGGACAUGGAAGAACUAUAAUGCUGAAAAAGUUAAGGAUGGGAAAAUAACUUGGCAAGAUUAUAGGCAAAUGGUUUAUGGCACUACUGAUGAUUCUUCUUUAUCACCAGAGUAUGUAAAAAUGGUAGCUCGUGAUGAGAAACGUUGGAAAGCUGCUGAUUAUGAUUCAAACGGGUUUCUGGAUCGUACCGAAUAUGGUUGCUUUAUGCAUCCAGAAGACUGUGACCACAUGCGUGAUGUUGUUGUUGCUGAAACCAUUGAAGACAUCGACAAGAACAAGGAUGGCUUUGUUGAUUUGGAUGAAUAUAUUGGAGAUAUGUACAGGCCUGAUGAUUAUCCCGAACUGAAAGGUAAAGAACCCGAUUGGGUUGCCAGUGAACGUGAAAUGUUCAAAGUUCAUCGCGACAAGAAUGGGGAUGGCAAGCUUGAUCAGGAAGAAAUGAGAGAUUGGAUUAUGCCAAUUGGUUUUGACCACGCUGAUGCUGAAGCGAAACAUCUGAUUGCCAUUGCUGACGAUAAUAAGGACGGCAAAUUGUCGACAGAAGAAAUACUGAACCACUACGAUACGUUUGUUGGAUCUCAAGCAACAGAUUAUGGCGAGCAACUUCAGAAACACGAUCCAGCAGAGUUGUGA